AUGGCCAGAAAACAUUUUUCAGCGGAUGAAGUAUUGGCACAAAUAGUAGAUUCUGACAACGAGAGUAUCGGUGCUGUCAACUAUGGAAAUGAAAGUGAAUAUGAUUCCAGUGAUCUGAACAGCGACGGCAAUAAUAAUGAUGCCAUUGACAAUAAUGAUGAUAUUGCGGAACCUACUUUGCCUCGGUAUUCCCGUUGCAAAACUGGGGUAUCAAUGGAUCCUAUUAAUCCUAUAAAUCUAAAAGAUGGCUUACCACUAGCAAUGGACACGUUACGACCAGAUUACAACUCCGAUGACUCCAGAAGACCAAGUUGUGAUGAAUCAAACAGGUCCAGUUUAAGUUCAUCUCGUAGGCCUAGUCAGUAUGAAGAAGGAGAACAUCUUAAUGCAGAUUUUGGUUCAGUAAGUUGUUACCAGUUUGGAUAUUGUAAUCGAAAGGCAUCGCCGAGUGAGAAAAUUACGUAUUCAUAG